CGACUGAGCCACCCAGGCAUCCCAAAGCUGUUAUUAGAAAGAAGAAACAUGGAAAGUGGCGCAGUUCUGCUGGAAUCCAAAUCCUCACCGUUCAAUCUUCUGCAUGAAAUGCAUCAACUACGCCUUCUCGGUCACCUGUGUGAUGUGACUGUCAGUGUGGAGUACCAGGGCGUCCGCGAAGAGUUCAUGGCUCAUAAGGCGGUGCUGGCAGCCACCAGCAAGUUUUUUAAGGAGAUGUUCCUUAAUGAGAAGACUGUGGAUGGUACGAGGACUAACGUCUACCUAAAUGAAGUGCAAGUCGUUGACUUUGCCUCGUUUCUCGAGUUUGUGUACACUGCAAAGGUACAGGUAGAAGAAGAUCGGGUGCAGCGAAUGCUGGAAAUGGCUGAGAAACUAAAAUGUCUGGACUUAUCGGAAACUUGUUUUCAGUUGAAGAAACAGAUGUUAGAGUCUGUACUUCUGGAGUUGCAGAACUUCUCUGAGUCUCAGGAGGCAGAAGGGAGCAGUGGCUCCCAAGCUGCUGUUGCUCGCAACCCCAGGGCAAGUCCCCCCGGGGACAGUCCUCUCCCUAAUGGCCUCGGGGAUUCCUCAGAUCCCCUAGUGGAGACAAUCAGCAAUGGCGUGUUGCCAGAUGUGCCCCCGAGGAAGUCCAAGGAGAAGCCAGACAAGAAAAAAGAGGCAGUCAAGCCUCCCUACCCGAAAAUCAGAAGGGCCAGCGGAAGGCUGGCUGGAAGAAAGGUGUUUGUGGAAAUCCCUAAAAAGAAAUACACGAGAAGGCUGCGGGAGCAGCAGAAAAGUGCCGAGGACGACAUGGGGGACACCCGCGGCCCCCAGGACCCCGACCCGGAGGCCAUGGGAGCAGAGAUGGAGCCCGUCCCGAAACGUGAGGAGCGCGGCGUGGGGGUGGGGGUGGAGGCGGCACAGGUGCUGCCGAAAGCAGGCGGCAGGGAGGACGCAGGCCGCGGGGAGGGGGAGGACGACGACGACGAGGACGAGGAGGGCGAGAAGAGGAAGAGCAACUUCAAGUGCACUAUCUGUGAAAAAGCCUUUCUGUACGAGAAGAGCUUCCUGAAGCACAUCCGGCACCACCACGGGGUGGCCACCGAGGUGGUGCAUCGCUGCGACACGUGCGGCCAGACCUUUGCCAACCGCUGCAACCUCAAGAGCCACCAGCGCCACGUGCACAGCAGCGAGCGCCACUUCCCGUGCGAGCUGUGCGGCAAGAAGUUCAAGAGGAAGAAGGACGUCAAGCGGCACGUGGUGCAGGUGCACGAGGGCGGUGGCGAGCGGCACCAGUGCCAGCAGUGCGGAAAGGGCCUGAGCUCCAAGACGGCGCUGCGGCUGCACGAGCGGACGCACACGGGCCACAAGCCGUAUGGCUGCACCGAGUGCGAGGCCAAGUUCUCGCAGCCCUCGGCGCUGAAGACCCACAUGAGAAUUCAUACAGGGGAAAAACCUUUUGUCUGUGAUGAAUGUGGUGCAAGAUUCACUCAGAACCACAUGCUGAUUUAUCAUAAAAGGUGUCACACAGGUGAAAGACCUUUUAUGUGUGAAACAUGUGGCAAGAGUUUUGCUUCUAAGGAGUAUUUAAAACAUCACAAUAGAAUCCAUACUGGAUCCAAACCCUUUAAAUGUGAAGUUUGUUUCAGGACUUUUGCCCAGCGGAAUUCGCUCUACCAGCACAUUAAAGUCCAUACAGGGGAACGUCCUUAUUGCUGUGAUCAGUGUGGGAAGCAGUUCACCCAGCUCAACGCUCUCCAGCGUCACCAUCGCAUCCACACGGGGGAGAAGCCAUUCAUGUGUAACGCGUGCGGGCGGACAUUCACCGACAAGUCCACCCUCCGGCGGCAUACCUCGAUACAUGAUAAGAAUACUCCAUGGAAGUCUUUCCUUGUUAUUGUAGAUGGCUCACCCAAGAAUGAUGACGCGCACAAGACUGAGCAGCCGGAUGAAGAAUAUACGCCAUCCAAACUUUCAGAUAAAUUGCUGUCUUUUGCAGAAAAUGGCCAUUUUCACAACCUCGCCACAGUCCAAGGCACUGUACCCACGGUGCACGAGAACAGUUCUGCAGACACGGCCUGCAAGUCGGACGAUUGCGUGGUGUCUCAGGACACGCUGCUGGCCACCACCAUCAGUGAGCUUAGCGAGCUGACUCCGCAGACAGACCCGAUGCCCGCACAGCUUCACUCGCUGACUGACAUGGAAUGAGAGCUUAAUUACCUGCCAAGCAGAUCCUACGCUGCGUCUCCGCGUGUGUGAUUGCUGUAUGCAGGUUAAUGUCAGGGGCUAAGGCGAAGAACUAUCUGUGGGCAGAGUGAGCAAGAAUACCUUCUGCACAUUUUCCUGAAUCUCUGCUAACUUGCACGUCUUUAUCAAAGCAUUUUUAGAGCUUCCCCUUAAAAAUCCCAGUCUGCAUGAUCUCAGCUACGCUUGAUCGACAAACAAGGCAGUUAACAUGAUCUCACUGGAUCCUGGUGCAGGUUAUAUGCAUAAUGCUUGUCCUGAUGUGUAGGAAGUUUGGACAACUACGUAACUGUAGAAUACAGAGCCCUGGCCCAGCUCAUGAAGUUACUGUUAGUGAUCUUCCUGGUCUCUCAGCCUGCCUUACCCUUCUGCGUGGGUUUAGUUCUCUGAUAAUUUUAAGCUAUUUUUCUAGCAAGCUGAAAUAAAACUGGGACCAUGUAUUUUCAGCUCUUUCCUGUUGAACAGAAGCAAGUCCGUUUUGCUCUGGAGACCCUUGAGUUGUACUGAAGAAAUGGAUGGUUGCAUUCAUUCCCCUCCACCUCCUGUCUGUAGGUACUAAAAAAGGAAUGACAAAUUGAACACUUGAAAAAUGGCUUCGUAUAAUCUGUACUCAGAGCACAUUCACAGCUAGGAAGUUGGCCAUAGAAUAACUGCUGAAAUGAAGUGUGGCUGUUGGGUUUCAUUCCUAAAGUCUGAUUAGGUAAAAGCUGUCCUACCAAAGAUUCUAGCAGCAAAUGGUGUAGUAGGUUUUGCAGAGGUGUGAAAGUGAAGUAAGAGGCUUUAGAACACUUGAAACACUGUGGAGUCCUUUUAUUCACAAGUAGCAAUGAGGUGAUCUGGCAAAUCUUAGAACACAGAGUGUUAGUAUUUUUGGCUGGGUUUUCCUGACUUUGUGAUUUUCAGAAACCUAGAAUUUCUCAUUUACGUAUCAAGAGCUUGAAACAGGCAAGUAAUUCCCACACAUUUGUUUCCUUGGGAACAUGUGAGCAUAUAAGCAGAAGGGACCAAAAGCCUUGGAGUGUCUUUGAUUACGCCUUAAGAGUGGAUUGUGAAGAACCAGGAACUUUGUCUUCAGUGCUCCGCUGGCCGCCUGCUUAAAAUGAAUUUGCAGUGAAGUUAAUUCUGCUGUAUUUGCUAAGCCUGAUUCUUGGUUCCAGUGGCUUGGGUGUGUUGCCGCAUGCUAAGUGCUUUGACUCACAUGUAACCCUAAACAUAAUAAUUUAAAGAGAGAACCCCGAAGAAUUCUUUUGUUCACUAGUUGCUCUUUUUCUUACGUUUUAAUUUAUUAAACUGGCUGUGAAAACGUUCACUUUCUGAGAGGUACUUUAUCCUAAGUUCCAGGAUGAAGACAUAGUUGCACUAUGCCAGAAAGUAAUGUGGGAAGACUCUCCUGAAAUGCUUAUUUUGUUCUAACUUAUAACAUGUUAAGUAAAUACGGAAGCCACUCUAAGAUGUUUUAGAGGUGCUGAUAACAUGUUUCACACUUGCUCUUGAAGAUGGCAGUACUGAUUUUUCAAUGAUGACAGCAUAUCCUGGUUGUGUUUACAGAACAACAAAACUAUCACACAACCAUUUUACUUUUGGUAAGAGAAUGAGCCUGCCCAGCUGAUGUACUGUUUCAUGGAAUAAAGUCAUCUUAAUGAGAAGGAAUUUAAAUAAUAGAUUAUUUUGUUACCUACUGGAAGAAUUUUUGUCUUGAAUUUUUCUUUAGAAAUUCUACAAAAAAUCGUUUAAUGUGUUAAUAAAUGUUUGCUUUCUAAAAA